AUGCACGGACGUGGAUGAGUGCAUUGGUAACGCCUGUGGCAUGAACGCCGUGUGUCUCAAUACAAUUGGAAGCUACGACUGCCGCUGUGAGGAAGGGUUUAAUGGCAAUCCUUUCCAGAUGUGCAUGCCUCGUGCUGUUCAAACUGAACCGUGCUUGGAAAAUCCUGAAUUCUGCAGCUGCAAAGCUGACACUGACUGUCCUGCAGGAUUCAAAUGCACUUCUGGUCAAUGUCAGCCAGCGUGCGCCAACGCUAAGUGCGGUCCUAACGCUGCUUGUGACGGCGGUGUGUGUGCUUGUCUGCCAGGUUACUCUGGCGACUCUAAUGACCAGGUGCUUGGCUGCCAAAAAUCUGAGUGCAGUAACAACUUUGAUUGCGAAUACGAUGAAAUUUGCAUUCAGAACAGAGGUGGACAUCGCAGUUGUGUGGACGCUUGCGAUCGCAGCCAAUGUGGACCAAAUGCAUUUUGCGUUGCUCAAGACCACAUUGCAUCUUGUCUCUGCAAGGACGGCUUCGUGGGAGACCCCAUCAACACACGACAAGGAUGCCAACCUAAGGAGAGAGAAAACCGGUGCACCACGAAUGCAGAUUGUGACAGAGAGCAAGUUUGUCAAAUGGACUUCUCUGGAAUUCGACGCUGUACUGACCCUUGUUUGAGCAGAACUUGUGGCCGCAACGAACGUUGCGUUGUUCAGUCUGGUCGUCCUCGCUGCGAGUGCCUGUCAGGCUUCAUCAAAAAUCCUACUACUAAUAUUUGUGAAGGUAAUAAUAUUAUGAAAUUUACUUCUUAA